GUUGGCUGAAACACCAGGGCAAACAGCUUCUCACAGAACAUUUUCUUCAGUAUCUUACGCAGACCUGCCUGGAGGAAGGCGAUGGAGGGAUUUAGGACCCAGGGGAAAGACAGGCUGCCUGUGGAAGGACGAAGACUGUGGCUGUGGUGUACCCGCCUCCUGCCCAAAUCCCAGCCCCGUGGAGCCGGGGCGCUCUCAUUCACAGCUUUCCAGAGGGAUCCGAGCCCCAGCCUGCCAGCCGAGGGAAUCUCACCCACCCAGCUCACCAGCGAGGGCACCUGCAGAUCAAAUCGCCCCAGAGCAAGGCCGGGCAGACGUGUGAAGGGUGUUGGCCUCGAAGCUCUUGUCUUUUGGAUGGGUGUUACCACCUAUGGCCUGAAUGUCCUACCACUUUCCUGGGGUCAGGGUAACAGCCUCCAUUCAUCUUUCUCGACAGCAGCACGACAGCAGAAAAGUCUGUUUAUGGGUCCCAAUUCCAGAAGGCCUUCAGGUGACUGGGAUCAGGCCCUGUCUUAAAAGAUCAGACACUGAGGAUUUGGAACAGAGCUUUGGCAAACAUGACCCACCUUCAAGCGGGACUCAGCCCCGAAACUAUAGAGAAAGCCCGUCUGGAACUGAAUGAAAACCCAGAUGUUUUGCACCAGGAUAUUCAGCAAGUCAGGGACAUGAUCAUCACGAGACCCGACAUCGGGUUUUUACGCACAGAUGAUGCCUUCAUCCUGAGAUUUCUGCGUGCCAGAAAGUUUCACCAAACGGAUGCCUUCAGACUGCUGGCUCAGUACUUCCAGUACCGCCAGUUAAACCUGGACAUGUUCAAAAACUUCAAGGCCGACGAUCCCGGGAUCAAGCGGGCCCUGAUCGACGGCUUUCCCGGCGUGCUGGAGAACCGCGAUCACUAUGGUCGGAAGAUUCUUCUGCUCUUUGCUGCCAGCUGGGAUCAGAGUAGGAACUCCUUCACGGAUAUUCUCCGGGCCAUCCUCCUGUCCCUGGAAGUUCUCAUUGAGGACCCGGAGCUGCAGGUCAAUGGGUUCAUUUUAAUCAUCGACUGGAGCAAUUUUUCCUUCAAGCAAGCCUCCAAGCUGACCCCGUCAAUCCUGAAGCUGGCCAUCGAAGGGUUGCAGGACAGCUUUCCCGCUCGCUUUGGAGGCGUCCAUUUUGUCAACCAGCCCUGGUACAUCCAUGCCCUGUACACACUAAUCAAGCCUUUCCUCAAAGACAAGACACGGAAAAGGAUCUUCCUCCAUGGAAACAAUCUGAACAGCCUUCACCAGCUCAUCCACCCUGAGUCCCUGCCCUCGGAGUUUGGAGGCACGCUCCCACCCUACGACAUGGGCACGUGGGCGCGGACGUUGCUGGGCCCUGACUACAGCGACGAGAACGACUACACGCACACGGCCUACAACGCCAUGCAUGUGAAACACACGUCCUCCAACCUGGAGAGGGAGUGCUCGCCCAAACCAAUGAAGAGGUCUCAGUCUGUGGUGGAAGCGGGCACUCUGAAACCUGAGGAGAAGGGCGAGAACGAGAACACUCAGCCUCUCCUGGCUCUGGACUGAAUUCCAGGUCGCCUGCGUCCCAGACUGGAGCGGCGGCAGGGUGCGAUAGAGCGGCCCAUGCAGCCUGCUUGACCGAAGUCCUCCACAGCUCCAGAGCCACACCUGGAGUCCCCGGCUCCAUCUGUCUGGGCAGGCAAAGCUCCGCCGAGACCGGAGGGCCCAGGUGUCUUUCCUUGUGCGUGGGCGGGAUACACCACUGAAGAAAGUCACCUGUGGAUGUAAGGGUUUCUUCUGUUUUUUUCCCUUCAGAUUUAUGGCAUUAAGAAGAUGGAUGAGGGCAGGACUUAAACUCUUUGUUCACACACACACGCACACACCCAUAUACAAAAUGACUGAAGAGAGGAGGAUUUGAACUCUUUGUAUGCAUACACACACACAUAUACCAUUAGACAGGGAUCCUCACUACAUUUGCAAAAUUGAGAUGAAGUGCAUAAAAUAUAUCAAUUUGUGCAGAACCAACAUCAGAGCUAUCUACUGUGAAGCCUCAAGGCAGGAGUAGCUUCAGAAAUUCCCGCCCCCCCCCUUUUUUUUUAUUUUUUACCAUCACCAGCAUCAGCAGGUUCAGCCCAAGAGCUCGUAAGCCUGAUCAUC